UUUAUAUUAUUUUAAGCGUUACAAGUCAAUUUACAUUGAAGCAAUCUUGUUUCUAACUUCCAAUAUUAAUGAUUUGUACGAUGUCGCACAAUGUGUUGAACAGCCCACUGAUUUACAGAGUUUGCCACUUUGUCAUUUUUUAAUAUUGUUUUCAAGUUACCAGCUGUUUUCGCUUAGGAUGUGCAUUCAAAAUUAAAAUUUAAAGGCAUUUCUGAGUUUUGGCGAGUCUCAACUCUCAAGCUAUCAGGGAUUAGGAACACUCAUGUAUCGAAUGCUCAGGUUUUGUUGUUUCAAACAUAAUCCACAAGAAAAACAACUCGGCACUGUGGCAAGCAGUACUCAAGUCAAAAUUUUAAAUGAAAAAGAUGGCCUAUCCUAGUGGAUCUAUUAAAGUUGCGGAAGAUUUAAAUAGUGGAGACAGUUCAAAAAUUGAAGAAACUCCUCUAAACGUUUAUAACAGGACGACAUUUUGCAGCAAUCUCAAAGGGAUGGCUCAAGAUGAGUUUGAUCAUUCCAGCCAGACACACUGUCGAAAAAUCCUGUUCGAGGAGUCACCGUCAGUCACCGACUUGAUGAUGAUAAGGGAAGAGAGCAACUGUCAUCAGGAGGGUAUCAAAGUCGUCUACAUUCACUCAGAUGAUUUCGAUGACUAUGAUGUUGAAGAGAUAGAUAGUGAAUCUGGAGAAUUUGAAGAGAAUAAAUUGGACCAUCGACAAUCAGCAGAUAUAACCAAGUCCUGAAUGGUUCAUGUGUACAUUUGUCAAGCCACUAGUGAAUACGCUUUUACAACCCUUUUCUCAACACAAUAAACAUUUUUCAAAAAUUA